AUUUAUACUGUUAGUAAGCGUACGAGCCUACAAAAUGUGCUUUUGGUGCAUACCCUACAACCAAAAGCGAAUGAAGAUGCUUAGUGUUUUAAUCGACCCAGAACAAAUGCGUUAGUGUUUGUGAUAUUAUAUUACGGUUUCACUGCUGAUCGCCAGGUGGGAUAAAUUCGAUACCGAGACUUUGCGUAUUGAGUGCCUAUAUACUUUUUUACAAUAGUGCCACAUGAUAAUCGCUCUUGGAUAGUACAUCCCAGUAGGUAAAAUUUUUUUUAUUUGUGUUUACCUUAUCAUGCGAUUUGCACUUGAACAGUUGAGCGGUUGGGUAAUUUCAAUUACCUUCCUUUCUGCUUGAUUGGUCGUCAUAGGCAUUUCAUUCGAAUGUUUUGAAAAUCACAAGGGCGUCCACACAUUGAAAUAAAACGGAACAAUCUAUUAGAAUCUGAAAGUAAUUAAAUUAAUAUAUAUACUUCACGUAAUGCUGAAAUGCUCUCAUAGGAAAUUGUAUCUCCACGCAAACAUUGGAAAGAUUAUAAGCCUUUUAAUUACAUAUGAAUUUGUUGCAUCAUAUUUGGAGCAUUAGCUAUGUGUUACUACAAAAUUUGUAGCAGUGUGUACAUUGAACGCUACAGACCAUAAAAUGAGAGAGAUAAAUGGUAUACCAUUUUCUUUCAUGUGUAUAUUUUGAUGUGUUACGAUUUUGUGAUGUGGCAGUAGUAAUAGUUCAGAAUAGGGGUUGUUGUAUGAUGCCGCUAUCUGUAUGACCAUUUGCGUAAAGGAAUAUUGGUUGCAAUGGAUUAUUGAUUACGUACAGAUUAAACAGGCCAUGUGCAAGCGUUAUAUGAGCGGAUAAAUAAUUUGUUUGUCUUUGCAUUCUUGAUCAUUUCUAAUCGUGAUCAACUUAAAAGUUGAAUUUUCCCACUACUUCUAGUUUUGAUUUCUACUUUCGUCAAAUAAAUGUAACCUUCAUCUUAUUCUUAUAUAGAAUUUAGCUGAAUCUAUGUGUAGUCUUUAUGGAAGAUUGAGAUAUGAUUUCGUGGACUUCGUGUGUUCACAGAAUCUUUUUGGCUGGAUAACCAUCUCUAUUGCAUGAUAAUUGUUAGAAAGAAACUGUAACGCCUCAGCAUGGCUUAUCAUAACGAAUUAUCUUCAAAAGUCAGGAGUUUUUCGAAUUCAUACACACUCGAGACAACGGUAGAAAAUACCAUAGAUUCUCAACCUAUGUCAUCGGAUUAUACACUUGAGCCUACGAAUGAUAACAGGCAGACAGAGGACUACGGCACUUUAUUCCAUCACGAAGCUGAAAAUAUUUUUCACAAUACGAACGCGUGGAAAAAUGUAUGCAAUCGUUCAACUGGAUCUGUUACUAACAGUAAAGCAACACACGAUACUUUGACCAAAAAUCAUGUCUUGCCGCCACUGCCUUCAAGUCAAUAUUUACGGCAGCAAUCGAGCGUCCCAGCCAGGAGCAAUGAUAUUAUCAUUUCAAAAAAACAGCAAUAUUCAAUCGUCGGACUAUUUGUUAUUAUUGCAUUAAUUGCAUGUGGAGGAUUGGGAUUGUCCGUCUACAGAGGAUGCUUUGAUAUUUUCCCAUUUUUAGGUGCUAUCACGAUUAUUGCAUUUUUUUCCAUUAUUGUAAUGAUUAGUUGUGCCCUUAAAUAAUUAUUUCAAUGAAUUUAGUCAUUCCAAGUUAAUAUUUAUAAUAUAUAUGUUUGCGGCAUUUUGAAUUGAACUAAAUGCUAAUAAAAUAUUGCAAUAAUAUUUAUUAUUUUCAAUACGAUUACCGGAGUGAUAUCGUAAAACAAUCGAGCAAGUAAGGUAAUGGUAUAAUCUAAAUUUCCGUGUUCGAGUGUUAUUAUGAUCAGCCUCAAAUAUAAUGCAUAAAAAGGUAUUCCUGAAGCCACAUUUUUUCAAGUGAGCCAUCAUAAUCACAUUUUGUUGCAUGGAAAACAAUUUUACGUGCAUGAAAAUAUGUGUAUCAAAAAUAUGUUCUGUACAUUUAAGCACCAGCGCUUGCUAUAUCUCGGUGCACAAUCGUUUGUUAGUCUAUAUAUUUAUAUAUAUACAUGUAUUUUAAUGAUAAACACAGUAUUUCUGGUUUAUUCUAUUGGUGUAAAUACUUUUUAUAAAAUAUUGCUAAAACUUA